AACCCUCUCCACUCGCCGCGCCUCCACUCCUCGCCUAGAUCCAAUCCCCAACAAACUUCUCCCCACUCCAGCCGCCAUGGCGCUCUCCGUGGAGAAGACCUCGUCGGGGCGGGAGUACAAGGUCAAGGACCUCUCCCAGGCCGACUUCGGCCGCCUGGAGCUGGAGCUGGCUGAGGUCGAGAUGCCGGGGCUCAUGGCCUGCCGCACCGAGUUCGGGCCCUCGCAGCCCUUCAAGGGCGCCCGCAUCUCCGGGUCGCUCCACAUGACCAUCCAGACCGCCGUCCUCAUCGAGACCCUCACCGCCCUCGGGGCCGAGGUCCGCUGGUGCUCCUGCAACAUCUUCUCCACCCAGGACCACGCCGCCGCCGCCAUCGCGCGCGACUCGGCCGCCGUCUUCGCAUGGAAGGGGGAGACGCUCGAGGAGUACUGGUGGUGCACGGAGCGAUGCCUCGACUGGGGCGUCGGCGGUGGGCCCGACCUCAUCGUCGACGACGGCGGUGACGCCACGCUGCUCAUCCAUGAGGGUGUUAAGGCCGAGGAGGAGUUCGAGAAGUCCGGCAAGAUCCCCGACCCGGAGUCCACCGACAACCCCGAGUUCAAGAUCGUGCUCACCAUCAUCCGUGAUGGGCUCAAGACCGACGCCAGGAAGUACCGCAAGAUGAAGGAGAGGCUCGUCGGUGUCUCUGAGGAGACCACCACCGGCGUCAAGAGGCUCUACCAGAUGCAGGAAUCCGGCACCCUCCUCUUCCCUGCCAUCAACGUCAACGACUCCGUCACCAAGAGCAAGUUCGACAAUCUGUAUGGUUGCCGCCACUCUCUCCCUGAUGGUCUUAUGAGGGCUACUGAUGUUAUGAUUGCUGGCAAGGUUGCCGUGGUCUGUGGUUAUGGUGAUGUUGGCAAGGGCUGUGCUUCUGCGCUCAAGCAGGCUGGUGCCCGUGUCAUUGUUACUGAGAUUGAUCCCAUCUGUGCCCUUCAGGCCUUGAUGGAGGGUCUCCAGAUCCUCACCUUGGAGGAUGUUGUCUCAGAGGCUGACAUCUUUGUGACCACCACUGGAAACAAGGACAUUAUCAUGGUUGACCACAUGAGGAAGAUGAAGAACAAUGCCAUUGUCUGCAACAUUGGUCACUUUGACAAUGAGAUUGACAUGAACGGCCUUGAGACUUACCCUGGUGUCAAGCGCAUCACCAUCAAGCCUCAGACGGACCGUUGGGUCUUCCCUGAGACCAACUCUGGCAUCAUUGUUCUUGCUGAGGGUCGGCUGAUGAACCUUGGGUGUGCUACUGGCCACCCCAGCUUUGUCAUGUCCUGCUCUUUCACUAACCAGGUCAUUGCUCAGCUUGAGUUGUGGAAGGAGAGGUCCACUGGCAAGUAUGAGAAGAAGGUGUAUGUUCUUCCCAAGCACCUCGAUGAGAAGGUGGCGGCCCUUCACUUGGGCAAGCUUGGUGCCAAGCUGACCAAGCUCACCAAGUCCCAGGCUGACUACAUCAGCAUCCCGAUUGAGGGUCCCUACAAGCCUGCUCACUACCGGUACUAGUUUGUCCAGCAAAGACUAGCAGCUGGCUUCAGCCGUGGCUUCAACAUGAACUCUGCCAUGGCGGCUUAUCAACUAUCAUCCUGCUUUCUUUCUUUAUAUUACAUGUUGUCUCUUAGGUGGAGGAUUUGUUAUGGGUUAUGUUUUGAGCCCGGUGAGGGAUGGAGAGGAACGAUGCGUUUGCUUUUGCCCAGAAAUAAUGGCAUUAUUAUUGAUAUACAGUAAUUGUGUGUGCGGUUUCGGAUACAGUUUUGGCUUGGUGCACUUAUCUGAUUAUCAUUGGCAGAGAGCUAUAGCGCUC